AUGGCGGUUUCCACUCAAUUGGGCUUACUGCUUUGGAAGAACUUCACCUACCGAAGAAGACAAACUAUUCAACUGCUGAUUGAGAUUAUCUGGCCCCUCUUCAUCUUCCUCAUUCUCAUCUCAGUUCGAAUGCACUAUCCACCAUACGAGCAGCAUGAGUGUCACUUCCCAAACAAAGCCAUGCCUUCAGCAGGCACUCUGCCCUGGGUACAAGGAAUCGUCUGUAAUGCCAACAACCCCUGCUUCCGUCACCCAACCCCAGGAGAGAGUCCUGGGGUGGUGGGUAACUUCAACGAUUCUAUAAUCUCACGACUGAUUUUUGAUGCCAAGAAGAUCCUUCUGUACACUCAAAAUGAUAAAAGUUACGAAGGCUACCGAGGACUGCUGAGGGCCCUCCACAAGCUGCAGAAAAACACUGCCGGUUUCAAACUGAAGGACUUUUUGCGGGACAAUGAAACCCUCUCCCACUUCUUGCAUCACAACGCCUCACUUCCUCGCCAUGCAUUAAAGCAAAUAGUGGAAGCUGAUGUCAAUCUGGAAAAGGUUCUGACAAAAGGUUUUGGCUUUCACCUAAGAGACCUUUGCAAUGUAACACCACUGGAGGAGUUUGUGCAUAUUGCUGACCGCAAUGUUUCCCGUCUCACGCAAGAAAUAAUUUGUAAAUCCUCCAGAGACUGGCUGAACAAGGCCCAGAGCCAUUUCCUGUCAAACUUGGACUUCCUCAAGCCAAUUCGGAAAGAUGUAAAGUCGGAUCCCAAAGUUGUUCAGGAAGUCUCCGCUGCCACAGAUUAUCUUCUGGAGAGCCUGGGAGAGCUUGCCGUGGAGCUUGCUAGCAUGAAGAGUUGGAAAGAUAUGCGCAAGGAGAUCCUUUAUCUGACUGCCAAUGCCACGGGCUCUCCGAAUCAGAUGUACCAAGCUGUAUCACGUAUUGUCUGCGGCCACCCAGAAGGAGGCGGCCUCAAAAUUAAGUCUCUCAAUUGGUAUGAGGAUAACAACUACAAGGCUCUGUUUGGAAACCAUGGCAAUGACAGCGACAAUGAGCCCCUUUCCAGCUAUGACAACUCAUCCACUCCUUAUUGCAACACCAUGAUGCGAAGACUUGAGUCCAGCCCCAUUUCGAGGAUGAUAUGGAGAGCCCUGAAGCCUCUGCUUGUGGGAAAAAUCCUGUACACUCCAGAUACUCCAGCUACACAGAGAAUAAUCCAUGAGGUUAACAAGACCUUCCAGGAGCUCGGCCUGUUGAGGGACCUUGGUGGAAUGUGGGAUGAGAUGAAGCCCAAAAUCUGGAACUUUAUGGAGAAGAGCGAAGAAAUGGAUUUAGUCAGGACGCUGCUCCAAAAUAACGCCAGUGCCAGUUUCUUGAACACCCAACUCAGUGACACUGAGUGGCGGGUGUCCGAUGUGUCACGCUUCCUUUCCAAAUCUUCAGAUGACCAAAAAUCAGCAGGAUCACUAUACACUUGGAGGGAUGUCUUCAAUGAAACUGACCAGGCCAUCCAGACCAUCACACGCUUCAUGGAAUGCGUGAACCUUGACAAACUGGAACCAGUGGCAAACGAGGAGCGCUUGGUGAACAAAUCCAUGGGUCUGCUUGACAACCAGAAGUUCUGGGCAGGCAUUGUGUUCCCUGACAUCGCCCGUAGCAACAGCUCUGAGCUUCCUCCCAAUGUGAACUACAAAAUUCGCAUGGACAUCGACAAUGUUGAGAGGACAAACAAAAUCAAGGAUGGCUACUGGGACCCCGGUCCCAGGGCCGACCCUUUUGAGGACUUGCGCUACAUCUGGGGCGGAUUCUCCUACCUGCAAGAUGUGAUUGAACAGGGAAUUAUCCGAGCUGUGACAGGCAGCAAAGAAAAGACAGGCAUUUACAUUCAACAGAUGCCCUACCCUUGCUACGUAGAUGACAUCUUUCUGCGGGUGAUGAGUCGAUCAAUGCCGCUUUUCAUGACAUUGGCAUGGAUGUACUCGGUGGCCAUUAUCAUCAAGGGCGUGGUGUAUGAAAAGGAGGCCCGACUUAAGGAGACUAUGAGGAUCAUGGGGCUCAACAACGGCAUCUUGUGGCUCAGCUGGUUCAUCAGCAGUUUGAUUCCACUGCUGAUUAGCGCUGGCUUAUUGGUUCUGUUGUUGAAGACCGGCAACUUGCUGCCUUACAGCGAUUCUGGCGUGGUUUUCCUUUUCCUGAGCUCAUUCGGCGUGGUAACCAUCAUGCAGUGCUUCCUUAUCAGCACAUUGUUCUCUCGUGCCAAUUUGGCAGCAGCCUGUGGUGGAAUCAUCUACUUCACCCUCUACUUGCCCUAUGUACUUUGUGUUGCCUGGCAAGACUACGUGGGAUACGGAGCCAAAAUUGUUGUGAGCCUGCUGUCUCCGGUAGCUUUUGGAUUUGGUUGUGAGUACUUAUCCCUAUUUGAGGAGCAAGGUGUGGGAAUCCAAUGGUCCAACUUGCUGGCAAGCCCCCUGGAGGAGGACAGCUACAAUCUGACCACCUCCAUCUGUCUCAUGCUCUUUGACGCUGCGCUCUACGGAAUCAUGACAUGGUACAUUGAAGCCGUGUUUCCUGGCCAGUAUGGAAUUCCCAGGCCUUGGUAUUUCCCUUUCACCAAGACAUACUGGUGUGGCGAGAAACAGAACAAGAACAUAUCGACUCCAUUGUCCAAGAAAGGAAAUGCUGAUGCCAUUUGCAUAGAGGAGGAGCCAAACCACAUAGACCCAGGUGUUUACAUUGAGAAUCUGGUCAAGGUUUACAGUCACGGAAACAAGCUGGCAGUGGAUGGUCUCUCUUUGAGAUUCUAUGAAGGACAGAUUACGUCCUUCCUGGGACACAAUGGCGCCGGCAAGACCACAACAAUGUCAAUCCUAACAGGGUUAUUCCCACCCACUUCAGGAACAGCCUACAUUUUAGGCAAAGACAUUCGUUCAGAGCUUAGUACCAUCAGGCAGAAUCUGGGUGUCUGCCCACAACACAAUGUGCUUUUCAGCAUGUUGACGGUAGAAGAGCACAUCUGGUUCUACGCUCGCCUGAAGGGACUUCCUGAGGAGAUUGUGAAAGCCGAGAUGGAACAAAUUGUAAAUGAUGUCGGAUUGCCUCAUAAGCGAAAGUCACGCACCAGCACGCUCUCUGGUGGAAUGCAGCGGAAGUUGUCAGUGGCCUUGGCUUUUGUUGGGGGCUCAAAGGUUGUUAUCUUGGAUGAACCCACAGCUGGUGUCGACCCUUAUGCACGCAGGGGCAUUUGGGACUUGCUUCUUAAAUACCGACAAGGCCGCACCAUCAUCCUAUCCACCCAUCACAUGGAUGAGGCCGACAUUCUCGGUGACCGCAUCGCCAUCAUCUCCCACGGCAAGCUAUGCUGUGUAGGGUCCUCGCUCUUCCUGAAGACUCAACUGGGCACUGGCUACUAUCUGACUCUGGUCAAGAGAGAUUACGACCUAGCACUGCAGUCCUGCCGGAAUUCUGCUAGUACUGUCUCUUACAGCAAAAAAGAGGAUAGUGUGUCUGAGAGCAGUUCAGAUGCAGGCCUUGGCAGUGAACCAGAGAGUGAAACCACCACCAUUGAUGUUUCCCUCAUUUCCAACGUGAUAUUCAAGCACGUGUCAGAGGCUCGACUGGUGGAGGAUUUGGGUCACGAACUUACUUAUAUCUUGCCCUACCAGUCAGCUAAAGAUGGAGCCUUUGUGGAGCUCUUCCAUGAACUUGACGACCGCCUCACCGACCUGGGAAUAUCAAGCUAUGGAAUAUCUGAUACCACUCUAGAGGAAAUUUUCUUGAAAGUAGCUGAGGACAGUGGAGUUGAUUCUGUAGAACUUUCAGACGGAGUAGUGCCUACGAGACGUCGCCGACAUGCGUUCGGAGACCAUCAGAGCUGCUUGAAGCCCUUUACUGAAGACGACUUUGAUUUUAAUGACUCUGAAGGUAAACCAGAAUCCCGGGAGACUGACUGGCUUAGUGGCAGUGAUGGUAAAGGCUCAUACCAAGUAAAAGGCUGGAGUCUGAAGCGACAGCAGUUCGUGGCAUUACUCUGGAAAAGAUUCCUCUAUGCUCGGCGGUCCAGGAAAGGCUUUUUUGCACAGAUUGUUCUCCCAGCUGUGUUUGUAUGUAUUGCAUUGGUGUUCAGCUUAAUUGUACCUCCAUUUGGAAAGUACCCAAACCUUGCUCUGCAGCCAAGCAUGUAUGGAGAACAAUUUACCUUUGUCAGUAAUGACAUACCUGAUGAUCACACCAACAAACUACUAGGAGCUUUGACAGACAAACCAGGAUUUAGAUCAAGCUGCGUGGAAGGAGAGUCCAUUUUGGAUAAUUCGUGUACCUCUGUGGAGGAUGAGUGGACGACUCCAGAAGUGCCUCAAAGUGUGAAAGACAUGUUCGACAAUGGCAACUGGUCCAUGGAGAAUCCAUCACCUCUGUGUGAGUGCAGCUGCGAAGGGCGCAAAAGGAUGCUACCCGAAUGCCCAGCUGGUGCAGGGGGCCUUCCACCUCCACAGAUGAAACUCAGUGACAAAGAAACACUUCAGAAUUUGACGGGAAGAAAUGUGUCAGAUUAUCUGGUGAAGACUUACGCUCAGAUCAUUGGCAAAAGCCUCAAGAACAAGAUUUGGGUGAACGAAUUUAGAUACGGCGGCUUCUCACUCGGCGCCAGGGGCUCUCAGCUUCCAGCUCAGAGAGAGGAAAUCGAUGGAGCAAUCGCUCAACUGCGGCGGCGCUUCCGUCUAGAAAGGGGAACUUCAGCUGAUCGUUUCUUCCGCAGUCUUUCCAACUUCAUUCAAGGAUUAGACACCAAAAAUAAUGUCAAGAUCUGGUUCAACAACAAGGGUUGGCACAGUAUUGGCUCCUUUCUAAAUGUGAUGAACAACGGCAUUCUCAGAGCAAGUUUACCAGCUGGCAAGGACCCUGCCAAGUUUGGUAUCAAUGCCUAUAAUCAUCCCCUCAACCUUACCAAAGAGCAGCUGUCACAAGUUGCUUUAAUGACCACAUCGGUGGAUGUGCUGGUGUCAAUCUGUGUGAUCUUCGCCAUGUCAUUUGUACCUGCUAGCUUCGUCGUCUUUCUCAUCCAGGAGAGGGUAAACAAGGCCAAACACUUGCAGUUUAUCAGCGGAGUGCAACCUUUUCUCUACUGGCUGGCCAAUUUUGUGUGGGAUAUGUGUAACUACAUUGUCCCUGCCACGCUAGUUAUCAUUAUCUUCAUCUGCUUCCAACAAGAUGCUUACGUCUCUUCCACCAAUCUGCCAGUGCUAGCCUUACUGCUGCUGCUGUACGGAUGGUCCAUCACACCUCUUAUGUACCCAGCCUCAUUCUUCUUUAAGAUACCCAGUACAGCCUAUGUGGUUCUGACCAGUGUCAACAUACUGAUCGGAAUAAACGGCAGCGUGUCCACAUUUGUGUUGGAGCUGUUUGGAGGCAAUGAGAUUGGUGGUAUCAAUGACAUCCUGAAGAACGUUUUCCUCAUCUUCCCUCACUUCUGUCUGGGGCGAGGAUUGAUUGACAUGGUGAAGAAUCAAGCAAUGGCUGAUGCUUUGGAGAGGUUUGGGGAAAACCGUUUCCGUUCUCCUUUGGCCUGGGACAUGGUUGGAAAGAACCUGUUUGCAAUGGCUAUUGAGGGAGUCAUCUUCUUCUGCAUUACCGUCCUCAUUCAGUACCGCUUCUGCAUCAAGGCCAGGUCAUCAUCCAGUCACCUCAAGCCAAUUGGAGAAGAGGAUGAAGAUGUCGCUAGAGAACGACAGAGAAUUCUCAGCGGAGCGGGACAAUCUGACAUUUUGGAGCUCCGUCAGCUCACAAAGAUUUAUAAGCGGAAACAGAAGCCCGCCGUGGACCGGCUCUGUGUCGGCAUUCCUCCAGGCGAGUGCUUUGGCUUGCUGGGAGUCAACGGAGCAGGGAAAACUAGCACGUUUAAAAUGUUGACAGGCGAUUCAGUGGUUACCAGUGGAGAGGCUUACCUCGCAGGCAAAAGUGUAAACACAGAAAUAGAUGAAGUGCAUCAGAACAUGGGCUACUGUCCGCAGUUUGAUGCAAUCAAUGACUUGCUGACGGGACGCGAGCACCUUGAGUUUUACGCCAUUCUCAGAGGUGUUCCAGAGAAGGAAGUGUGCGAGGUGGCAGAGUGGGGCAUUCGCAAGUUGGGGUUGGUCAAGUAUGUUGACAAAUCAGCAGGUAGCUACAGUGGAGGCAACAUGAGGAAACUGUCCACAGCCAUUGCACUGAUAGGAGGCCCACCUGUCGUUUUCCUGGAUGAACCUACAACAGGCAUGGACCCGAAGGCACGGCGUGCCUUGUGGAACGCCAUACUUAGUAUUAUUAAAGAGGGACGAUCUGUCGUCCUGACCUCCCACAGCAUGGAGGAGUGUGAAGCACUUUGCACCAGGAUGGCCAUCAUGGUCAAUGGCAGGUUCCGCUGUCUGGGGAGUGUCCAGCAUCUAAAAAACAGGUUUGGAGAUGGUUACACCAUCAUCCUGAGGGUAGCCGGGCCAGAUCCAGACCUCAGGCCAGUGAUGGAGUUCAUCGAGCAAGAACUGCCAGGCAGUACACUGAAGGAGAAACAUCGCAACAUGCUUCAGUACCAACUGCCCUCCUCCCUCACCUCCUUGGCACGCAUUUUCUCCCUGCUGGCCACGAACAAGGAGGCACUCAGGAUAGAGGACUACUCUGUCUCUCAGACCACGCUAGACCAAGUGUUUGUAAAUUUUGCCAAGGACCAAAGUGACGAGGACCACUUAAAAGACGUCCACCUGAGCAAACGAGACGCGGUGGUGGUGGACAUUUCCCAGCUCAAUUCUUUCCUCAUGGACAACAAAACCAGAGAGAGCUGUGUCUGA